AUGACGGAUGAUAUGAGUGCAAUGCAGUGUAGAUCACAGUCACGGUUCAUUUUCAUUAAGACCAUGAAAACAGGUGGAAGUACAACUGCAAACAUUUUAAUGAGAUAUGGUUUAUAUAAUGAUCUGUAUGCAGCUUCAUAUAAUAUCAAAUAUCUCUAUUGCUCUAAUUUUACUGGCUUUGACUUUAUGGCAUUGCAUUUGCGCUAUAACAGGACGUGGAUGAACAAUAUCAUACCAGAUGCAAGGUAUUUAACUAUUCUCAGAUCACCAUUCAGUCAAUUACCAUCAUCAUUUUACUAUUUCAAGUUUGCCAAGCCCUUACUCAAUUAUACCGAUCCAUUUCGUCAAUACAUUGAACAUCUUGAUAGUUACCAUGACUUCACAGACGUACAUCACCAGCAUCGAAAUGGACAAAUGUGGUUCUUAAAUCCAGAGUUUGAAGAUGAAGACCAGGAUAAUGUUACAAUUAUACAACAUGCAAUCAGACGAAUAGACAAGGAGAUGGACUUUGUGAUAAUUUUGGACCAUUUUGACGAGUCAUUGGUGAUACUAAAACAAAUAAUGUGCUGGAAGGACGAGGAUAUCAUUUACCACAUAAGUAAGAAAAGUAGAAAGAGAAACACAAUCACUACAUCUAUGAAAAUUAACAUCAGAAAAUGGAGUUUAGCAGAUACGCUUUUAUUUGAGCAUUUUAAUCGUUCAUUGUGGGAUAAAGUGAACAAUUAUGAUGGAGAUUUCAAUUCUGAUCUGAAAAGAUUCCGUUCGAAAAAUGCAAAGGUUUCAUUUGAAUGUUCACGUAAUAAGAUCCAUCAUGUUGGAACUUUUUGUUGGAAACUUAUGAUGGAUACGCCACAAUUACGCAAGUUUGCCAAACAAAACGAACAAUAUAGAAGGAAAACAACACUUACAGAACUUGAACAAAAAUGUAAAAAAAUGACUUAA